AUGGCAGAAGGAACACCACUGAUAGGUCCUAAGAGUUUAGAAGAGGAAGACAAAGUCAUAUCACCUUCUACAUAUCAAGAAUCGGAUCCAAGCCGUCAAAAUGGGAAAUCCAAGCUCACAAGAAGGAUGGUUUCUCCAAGGACUAUGGAGGAGAGGGAAGACUUGGAAAAGGGAUUCUCUAAUCCUGUAGGAGUACCAGGAUAUCAUAGCAACGUGUCAAGCUCCAGUGAUUUGUCAACUCUGGAAAAACAACCCAUUUACAAAGUGAAGGGAACAAAAACACAAAAACUAAUAUUUCAUAUCUGUAACAUUUCUUGUCCGAUUUUUAUAAUAGCAUUUAUUUGUAUUUUCGGAAUCGGAAUAGGCCUGUAUUAUUUAGGGAUGAGAGGUACACAAAAUAGACCUCCAGUACAGCUCAUUGGAAAACAUGCUGCUGUCGCUAGCGACAGUUCUAUUUGCUCAAACAUGGGAUUAAAGAUAAUUAAAGAAAAAGGAGGCAAUGCAGUGGAUGCAACGGUUGUUGUUGCUUUGUGCUUGGGUGUGACGAGACCGUUUGCAAGUGGAAUUGGCGGAGGUGGAUUUAUUAAUAUUUUCAUUAAUCAAACGAAAACUAUUGAUUUCAUUGAUGCUAGAGAAACAGCUGCAAGCGCUGCUUCUCAAGAUAUGUAUGUCAAUAAUAAUGAAGAAAGUGUCACUGGAGGAAAGGCAAUUGCAAUUUACGGUGAAGUUAAAGGACUUUAUAUGGCACACUCAGCUUAUGGCAAACUUCCUUGGAAAGAUCUAUUCACAGAUGUGAUUGACAUUGCAAGAAAUGGAUGGACUGUGGAGCCACUACUGGCCUUGAGACUUUCCCAAGAUGACAUUCUCAAAUAUCCAACACUAAAACAAUUUACCACUGUAGAUGCAAACGGAGUUCGACGUGUAUUCAAAGAAGGAGAAACAAUCAAAAGACCAGAGUAUGCUAACACGUUGGAACUUAUUGCCAAUAACGGACCUAACGUACUUUAUGAAGGACCACUGGCCGAGAAAAUUGUGGAGGAAAUUCAACAAGAGGGAGGAAUUAUAACAUUGGACGACUUGAAAAAUUACAAACCGCUGAGACCAUUCUCUGACAGAAAUUCCAUCAUUUCCUUGAACGAUAUGAUGUUAGAAUUUGAGGAUUACAAGGUCAUUCUGCCACCUCCACCAUCUUCUGGCCCUGUCAUUCGAUUUAUUUUGAGCAUUUUGAAGAAUUUAGAUCUUGCAAACACUUUCCAAAAUGCACCUAUUGCCCUCAGAUGCCACUACAUGCUUGAGGCUUUGAAAUUUGGUUUUGGCCAUCGUUCUACAUUGGGAGACGUCAACUUUUUACCUAAAGAAAAUGUGACCAAGUAUAUCAUGGACCAACUGUUGAGCGACAAAUACGCUGAAGAAAUUUCCACUGAAGCUGUCUCUCCAGCCAGGACGUUUCCUUGGGUACACUAUUUCCCAGACACGUAUGCACCAAUAAGAGAUAAGGGAACUUCUCAUUUUUCAAUUGUUGACGAUGAAGGUAAUGCAGUGGGAAUGACCACAACAGUGAACCACAAUUUUGGAAGUAAGGUGGCCAGCUUAUCAACAGGUGUGGUGUUCAACAAUCAGAUGAAUGACUUUACUGUAGAUCCAAACAAACCCAACCAAUUCGGUCUUCCACCAUCCGUCGCUAAUGCCAUUGCUCCUGGUAAAAGACCCCUCAGCUCCAUGUCUCCAACAAUUUUCCUUGACAAGAAGGAUAUGACCGUGAAAUAUGUCAUUGGAGCUAGUGGAGGCCCUACUAUCAUCAGUGCAAUUAUGGAAGUAUUCUUUUCCAUUGACAAGUUUGGUGUAAAUCCAGCAUUGGCAGUUGAACUUCCACGUGUUCAUGCUCAACCAGGCUCUUCUGUUGUAAAAAUUGAAGAAGGAUUCAAUAAGCAAGUGGUGAGCAGUUUGCAAGAAAAAGGACAUGUAUUUGAAAAAGUUCAAAUUUUACCUGAUGGUCAUACUAUUGGAUGCUGUCAAGUUGUUCAUGUCACAAAAGAUGAAGAGGGAAAUAGAAUCAUUUUACCGGCUACUGACCCAAGAAAAUUGGGAUCACCAGCAUGUUAUUAA